GAAGAGAGGAGGAGGGAGCCCUUUGGGCGGUAAAAUGGCGCCUGUCAGAGUGGGAAGCCCAGCUGCAGAGGCUGCAGCCCCGCUCCUCAGCGGCUAAGAGAUCCUGACCUCGGGGAGGGGGAGGCCACUCCGGCCCAGCGCUCCGCGCCUUUUGGCUCCCCCUCCCCUUCCUUCCCAGCUCCUGCGCUCAGGGGCCCCAAGAGUCGCGGCAGCCCAUCGCGCGCCGCCGCCCCCGCCCGCCCCCUUCCCGGGGCAGACCCCUAGCGCGCCUGCGCAGAGGGCCACCCUUCGCUUCCCCCUUCCCCUCCCAUCUCCCUCCCUCCCUUCUCCCUAGCCCCCUCCCCCACUGCCCCCUCCCCCAAUUCUCCAUCCCCUUCCCUCCUGGUCUCAGAGGACCCUGUCCUAGCCCGACCUGUUUCGGCCUGCAGCCCACGCGAAGUCGUCGGUGCCACUUCCCGCUCAUGUGGGCCCCCGCGGGCUGCCCACGCCAGUCCCCCAGUUCCCGGUUCCGCUGGGCUUUCCCUUUGCUGGGGGUGGCUUUCUGAGCCACCCACUCCGUGCUCAUCUCUGCAGCCUCUCCUGCCGCUCGGGGCCCCCGUUCCCCCUCCCUGCGGCGGGGGGCUGCCCCCGGGGGGCUGGCGGAGCUGGGCCGCGGGGGCCCCGGGGCCGGCGGUGCCGGGGUCAUCGGGAUGAUGCGGACGCAGUGUCUGCUGGGGCUGCGCACGUUCGUGGCCUUCGCCGCCAAGCUCUGGAGCUUCUUUAUUUACCUUUUGCGGAGGCAGAUCCGCACGGAGACUCUAGCAAUUAUGAAGGGAUACCUGGAGUGUAGAGACUGUUUGGAUGAACCCAAGCAUCUCUGGGUUCUCUCCCUCAAGCUUUUCUCCAAGGUAAUUCAGUAUCAAACUGUUCGAUAUGAUAUCCUUCCCUUAUCUCCUUUGUCCCGGAAUCGACUAGCCCAGGUGAAGAGGAAGAUCCUGGUGCUGGAUCUGGAUGAAACCCUUAUUCAUUCUCACCACGAUGGGGUCCUGAGGCCUACAGUGAGGCCUGGAACACCUCCUGAUUUCAUCCUGAAGGUGGUAAUAGACAAACAUCCUGUCCGGUUUUUUGUACAUAAGAGACCCCAUGUGGAUUUCUUCUUAGAAGUGGUAAGCCAGUGGUAUGAGCUUGUGGUGUUUACAGCAAGCAUGGAAAUUUAUGGCUCUGCUGUGGCAGAUAAACUGGACAAUAGCAGAAGCAUUCUUAAGAGGAGAUACUACAGACAGCACUGCACUUUGGAGUUGGGCAGCUACAUCAAAGACCUCUCUGUGGUCCACAGUGACCUUUCCAGCAUCGUGAUCCUGGACAACUCCCCUGGGGCUUACAGGAGCCACCCAGGUAUGGGAAAAGACAAUGCCAUCCCCAUCAAAUCCUGGUUCAGUGACCCCAGUGACACAGCCCUUCUCAACCUUCUCCCAAUGUUGGACGCCCUCAGGUUCACUGCUGAUGUCCGAUCGGUGCUGAGCCGAAACCUUCACCAACAUAGGCUCUGGUGACAGCUGCUCCCCCUCCACCUGAGUUGGGGUGGAGGGGAAAGGGAGGGAGAACUCUUCGGACGGCCGUCUGUAGCCCUGUCCAGUGUGAGGACUGCCUGGGCAGAGUCUGCUCCUCCCGCCCCUCUCUGCCCUGGGAGCCCUACACUCCGCUUACGGAGUCAGGAUGGACACAUGGGCCAGACUGUGAAGCAGCCUCACUCUUUGUGUUCACACUCCGUGGAAAUGCCAGACUGGGACAGGCGAAGGCCUAGGGGAACCGAAACCGUCUGGUGAAGAGGCAGGACUGGCCAGAGUGACAGACAUAUCCCAGAGGCUCAAAAGAAGCCAAUUCAACUUUGUUGUGAUUUGAUUUUUUAAAAACUCUUAUACAAAACUGAUCUAAUUCUUCACUCCUGCUCCAAGGGCUGGGCUGUGGGUGGGGACUGGGAUUUCGGGCCACUGGAUCUUCCUCAGUCUUGUCCCUUCCUUACUUUUCCUCAUUUUUUUUCUUUCCCCAACCCCCCAAUACCUGUAAUCAGCUCCUUUCUUCCUUCCUCUUUUAAACCAUGCAUUAUAACUUUGAAACCAAA